UCCAAAACACAUGAUGUGCUACAUGGGAAAAGGGUAGCGGGUGAAGUUAUCUCAUGGGAGGUGGCUUGGACUGCAGCUUCUUAACGAGAAGCAUGUAAUCUCUAAAGUUUCAAUCGAUAUAUGUAACCUUUAGGUUUCCCAAUUAGCCGUAGGAUUUGUUUGCUUGUAACAUUAUAUCCAAAACAGCAUGUUCUCUCGCUUUAUAACAAGGCCACUCUGCAAAUUACGAAAACCUCGUUGAUGGGCCAAUAAUUUCACACCAACAAAACGAGCCAAAGGGUCGUAGGUGGUGAAGAGAGAGAAAUAGAGAGAGGAGAGAGAGUUUUUAUACACGUUUAGCCCCAUCAAUCUGCAAUCCACCUGUGUUUGAAUAAAUUAUAAAGGGAUGAUGGUUCCUAAAUCAAUCCCCUCUCUCUCCAUAUAUCUUUUUCUGCUUUGUUUCUCUCUCCAAAACGCAAAAGAUGGAUCCGUAUUUAGUCCCUGCUACUCUCUCUGCUUCUAAGCCCCAUUUCCUUGAAACUUCUACUGUAUCAAGGGAUGGGGGAAAGAGGAAAUAAUAAAGAAGCCUUGGCUCUUUGUGUUGAACAACUUGAGCGUGAGCGCGAUGAAUUAAGGAAAGAUAUUGAACAAUUAUGCAUGCAACAAUCUGGGCCUGGUUAUUUAGGCGUGGUUGGUCGAAUAUAUUUACAGAGGACAGCUGGUUUGGAGCAGGAGAUUGAGAAUCUGAAAAAGAAGUUGGCAGGUUGCAAUAGAGAUUAUCUUAAUCUUCAGGAGGAGCUUUCAGAAGUUUAUCGUAUCAAAAGUCAAUUGGCAGAUUUGCAUAGUGCUGAGGUGGAAAAGAACAAGGAAGCGGAGAAGCAAGUUAAAUUCUUUCAGGGCUGUGUUGCUGCUGCUUUUGCUGAGAGGGAUCAUUCAUUGAUGGAGGCAGAAAGUGCUAUUGAAAGAGAGGAAGCCAUGUCAAACAGGCUGAAUGACCUGCAGAAAAGGUUUGAUCAGCUUACAGAAGAAUACCUUCAAGAGAAAAGAAUCAAUGCUGAGUUGCAGAAGGAAUUGAUUGAAGCAAGAGAAGAAGUUGCACAUUCUGAGCAGGUUAUUGACAAGUUCUAUCAGAUUAAGCAAAGGGCACUUGGGUGUAUGGAGGCUGAAAAUAGUGAAGACAUGGCUUCAUGUCUUUUGCAGGAUCCCGAGGAGACAUGGAGUUUUGGCAACCAUAGAGAAACCUCAGCCUACAUUGCUUCUCUUGAAGAAGAAUUAAAAACAUUGAGAGACUCAUUGGCGAAUUUUAAGAAAGAACAGCAGGAGAGAUGCAAAUCUGAAGAAACACUAAGGAGGAGUAUGUCCUUGCUCGAAGAAAAACGUGCUCUUUUGGAGGAGAGAACAAGGAAAGGAUUAUCAAUGUUGCAUCAUUUUCAUGUCCAGAGUAGAGGCGAAAUUAUAAGUUUAUUGGAACAAGAAAAGAUUCACUUGAAAACACUGGUGGAAGAUUUUUUCAAAAGGACAACCAAACUUUGCAUGAUAAAUGGGGCUGGAGAACUUCAGAGAAAUGAUGGACAGACUGAUGAUAUUGAAUGCCGAGAUGUCCAUAUUACUAGUUAUGUUGAUCCCAGCAAUGUAAUGGAGGAAAGUGACAGUUCUGCUUCACCAAGAUUUUAUGUAGAAGGGAAGGAUGACAUCUCAAGUGCCCUUGCUCAAGCUUUGCAAGAGAAGGUUGCUACACUUUUACUCCUAUCACAAGAGGAAGAGAGACAUUUAUUAGAGAAGAAUGUCAAUGCUGCUCUUGAGAAGAAGUUAGGGGAACUCCAGAAGAUGUUAUAUCAAGUUACAAAUGAAAAGGUGGAGGCUCUUAUGGAAUUGGCGCAACUGAGACAAGAGCACCAAAUGUUGCAAGCGACUAUCGGCCAUGGGACAAAACAAUAUCAUCCUUUUGGUUGGCCGGGUGUAAAAAACAUCAUUGCUCAUGAAAGAGAUGGAAGAUUAAAGAGCUUGCUUAAGAGAACAUAUCUGAAGCGCUGGAUGGGUGAAGUAGAUAUUCAUGGAAAUCAAGCUAAUGUUUUCAAGAAUGAUGAUGGCAGCACCCGCACCCCUAAAAAUGCUGUCGAUAUCGCAAGAUUGAAGAUUGAGAAUGCAACCCUUCAAGAGGGCAUGGCAAGCCUGGAACAUCUCACAUCUUCUAUUCAUCGGCUUCGCCUAGCCCUUGUGCAGGCCAAAGACAUUGCGAGAACUACAACACAUGCCAAAAGUACCGUAGAAACAUUGGAUGGUAUUGUUGUAGAGGCAAACCAUUUGAAAACAGCUCUUGGGAGCUCCCUUCCGUUGAGCUGGUCAUCAGAGACUGAUCCACUGCCUUUUGAGGACCAACCUGAGCUCUCACGAGACCUCAAAACCGAGAAAUUAGACUCUAUAACGGCUGUUGGUUUAGAGCUGGUUGAGCUUCUGUUAAUGGCCACCCAACUUCAAAAGGAUGAGAUAGUUAGAAGGUUACCAGAACAAGAAGCUGAUUUCAGAUGAUUGUUUUUAGGGCUUUUGAUGUAAUUUAUGGUGUCUUGAAUGUGCACUUCUGGUUGUGAAAAUGUCUCUAGUUCAUUUCUGUAUUUAUUUCUUUUUAAUGUAUUUUCGAUUUUCUGA